AUGCACGGAUUUCUUUUUUGAGAUAUUUUAUUGCAAAAUUCAUCAACUUUUGUUCUUCCAUCUUUUCCCGCAAAUUUUGGUCGAUUUCUCUCGAUCGUUGUUGUGCGCGAGGCCAAGAUACAGAAUUUCCCACCGAAGAUUUCACGUCAUGGUCUUAGAUCGGGACAUGUUUGACACCCAAGACGAUUAUCAUGUGUGCCUGGUUUUACGAUGAAUGAAUAUUGCAGUAUUUAGAAUUUUAUCUGCAAUCAGUUCAUCAGCACACGCAUCUGCUGAUCAUCUGCUUCUUCAUCCGUCUUACAGAAAUGUCCAUAUUACAGAAAUCAAGACUCUGUUCCAGGAUUCAAAGGGUUUUGAUGGAAGCUACUUACCAGUUUCAGCAAUCUUCACAGUGUUGAGCAUUACAACCCUCCAUUAUUGGACAGAACCUUCACUUACAGAACUCAAAUCAGAUGGUUUAAACAGAAACAUUCUUCUUCACCCUGAAGAUGCCACCCAUGCACUGGAGCUGCUUCUUUUAAGUCCUAAUUCCACAAUUGCACUUGUAGCCAAUUUUGUGAUCAACAUAUAUCUACUCAUCAUCCUAUCUCUUAAGACAAUAUUUUUUGGGGAGCUUCAUGCAUUUGAAUCUCGGAAGCUGUUGGAGCAAUUGGUUAAUUAUGUUAUGUACAAGGGAAUGUUCCUUCCAUUGGUAGUCCCUCCAACAGUCAUUCAAGUUGGAUUAUGGUCAACAUGGUUGAUUGUAUUGAGCUCUUUGAAGAUGUUUCAAGCUUUAGCAAGGGAUCGUCUUCAAUCCUUGAAUUCAUCUCCUUCUGCAACUCCCCGAUCUUACUUUCGUGUUUUCUGUGUUUUAUUACUGGUUAUCUCAGUUGAUGUGGUCUGGAUAAGAAUAUGUCUGCUUAUCUACCAUACAACACCAUCAUCUCUAGAUUUGUUAUUAUUCUUUGAGCCUCUCAGUAUUGCUUUUGAGACACUACAGGCUAUUUUAGCCCAUGGAUUUCAACUCCUUGAUAUAUGGAAAUAUCACUCAACAGGCACCUCCACAAAUUCCAAAAUGUCAAAACUUAUUGAUAUAUCAUCAGCAGGUGCAAUGUGGGAAUGGAAGAGUGUUUUAUCACGUAAUUUAGGGUUUUUAUUGGAAAUGAUGAGUUUGCUAAUGGCUCUUGCUCAUUAUGUGCAUAUUUUAUGGCUUCAUGGUGUAAAUGUUCAUAUUCUUGAUGCAGUCAUUUUUCUAAAUAUACGUGCUUUAUUAAGUGCAAUUGUAAAACGUACAAAAGGAUUUAUUAAGUUACAAUUAGCUUUAGCCACCCUUAAUGGAGCUCUACCUGAUGCAACAUCUGAAGAGAUUAAGUCUUAUGAUGAUGAAUGUGCCAUUUGUCGUGAACCAAUGACGAAGGCUAAAAAGCUCACAUGCAACCAUCUUUUUCAUCUUUCAUGCCUCAGAUCAUGGUUGGACCAAGGUCAAAGAGAGUAUUACUCAUGUCCCACAUGUCGAAAACCUCUUUUUGGAAAUGUUACACCGAAUACUGAAGAUAUUUCAAAUGAUGAGCAAAUUGCACGUGAAUUAAGCUCUGCACUUGAAUGGCAAAAUCCACAUGGACAUACUCAUACCACUCUACCUUCAUGGAACUUCUGGCCUAUCAAUGCCUUUCAUGCCACGUCAUCAUCAUCUUCUUCUUCUUCUUCUUCAAAUGCUCCUGUUCAUAAUCAUCCUCCCACAGUGAUUCCUGAUGAUUCUCUCAAUAGGGUUGGAUUACAUCUUACAUAUCAGGAUUUAAGACGUAUCGUUGAAAUGGCUGAAAUUGUUCGUGAAGUGCUUCCUCAUGUCCCUCGUAAUAUAAUCAUGCAGGAUUUGGAGCGAACAAUGUCAGCUUCUGUUACUGUGAAUAAUCUUCUUCAAAUGUGAUACCAUAUGUUAUAUGUAAUUGUUACUAAAUUCCCAAGUGGUAAAUAAAGUCAUGGGAAAAUAUGAAGGUCUACAAAUCAUCAACACACAAAAAAUACUGCAUUAUGUGCGAUUGUUUUACUUAUGCAAAAGGUCCAAAAUAUUUGUAUAGAUAACAAGUGAACAGAUUUGAAAAUUUUGGUGGUUUCAGUUUCAGGGGCAAUUUGCAAGUCCUUUCACUUCUAUCAUGCUUGUAAAUUUAGGCCCUGUAAUAAGAGAGAUUGAUAUACACAUUUGCUCAUGCAUUCUUGUAAAUUAGGUUGUAACUUGUAAUUGUUUGAAUUUAAACGGGUCAUAAGUUGACCAAAUUGUGUUUUUAAUGCAUACAUCCUUUUUGUUUUGUUAACAGAUAUUAAGUUAUCAUUGUAAUAAUGUAGGGUUUAAGUUGAUCAUGCUUUAAG